AUGCAAAGCAUGAAGAAAUCUAUACUGAGUCAUGUGAAUUUGAGAAGGUCAACUGAAAGUUGGUUUUUGGCCAAAGAUAAUAACGUGCUUAUGCACUUGAGAUGCUGGUGCUCUUCAACCGGUGCCAGCUCUGAUCCGAUUCUGGACCAAGUAAUCAGACUGGUCAAGAAGUAUGAUAAAAUUGAUGCAGCAAAGGUAACUGAAACAGCUGAUUUUCAAAAGGACUUGAGUCUGGACAGCUUGGAUAGGGUUGAGCUUAUAAUGGCUCUUGAAGAAGAAUUUUCCUUAGAGAUUCCUGAUGAGAAAGCGGAUAAGCUUACUUGCUGCAAGGAUGUUGCAAAAUACAUAGCCUCUGAAGCUGACCAAAAACUUUAG